UAUUCUAUAUAAUAAUCCGCUCAUCUGCGACUGCCAGCUGCAAUGGCUCAGUCGGUUUAAGGACAGUUGGUUCAUGUAUAGAGACCCCGACCCCGUGUGUAGUGAGCCCGAACACCUGAAGGGACGUAACAUAUGGAACGUCACCCAAGCGGAUCUCAGCUGCGACACGCAUGCAAAUGAUACCAACGAAUGUGCAACUGCGCCGUGUAAGAACGGCGCCACAUGCACUAAUCUUCAGAACACGUACUCGUGCACAUGCUCACCGGGCUGGCAAGGAAACAACUGUGAUCAGGAUAUCAACGAAUGCGUACCCGCUCCGUGUAAGAACGGCGCCACGUGCAAUAAUCUUCAAAACGCGUACUCAUGCACAUGUUCACCUGGCUGGCAAGGCAACAACUGUGAUCAGGAUACCAACGAAUGUGCAACUGCGCCGUGUAAGAACGGCGCCACAUGCACGAAUCUUCAGAACACGUACUCGUGCACAUGCUCACCGGGCUGGCAAGGAAACAACUGUGAUCAGGAUAUCAACGAAUGCGCACCCGCUCCGUGUAAGAACGGCGCCACGUGCAAUAAUCUUCAAAACGCGUACUCAUGCACAUGUCCACCUGGCUGGCAAGGCAACAACUGUGAUCAGGACUGUGGUUUCCCACCAGAUAUUCCAAACGGAAUCAUUACAUUAUUUGACGAAUCAAACACAACGUAUGGUGCCCUUGCAAAGGUUAAUUGCACACCAGGCUAUGAACAUACCCAACAUAUCAUACAAUGUGCAACAUCUGGAUGGGAGAACACGUCCUGCGAACCGCAUGAUUGUGGACCUACUCCAUCUGUUCAAAACGGAUUUGUUCAAACAUCAGAUGGAACUACUUUUGGAAAAACGGCAGUGUAUGCAUGUAUACCGGGAUAUACAUUUAUUGGAUUCCCCGUUGUAUCAUGUCUUUCUUCAGGAUGGCCUUUAAUUGAAAAUUUAUGUGUAAUCAAAGAUUGCGGCCAAUUGAAGAACCCAACAAAAGGUAAGGUAGAUAUGAGUAAAGGCUCCACCUAUCAGGCCGUUGCCAGGUACACGUGUAACCGAGGUUACGAUUUGAUUGGAGAUGAGAAGAGAAUGUGUCAGUCAACUGGGACUUGGUCAGGCAUACAACCGUCUUGUAUUUCAGAAGAGCAAACGAAAGUUGUUUGCAAAACCAAUGUCGACAUUCGCGGCACGGAAUGGAAGGAAGUAAUUCAAGGCUCCACUCGUGUUCAGCAAUGUGCUGAAGGAUUCGAAGGCAACAUUACAAGAGUAUGUUUAAAUGAUGGCACUUGGCAACUUUCACAGUAUAACUGUGUCAGGAAGACAGUGACAGAUGUAUCCGAAAAGGUCGAAAAGUUUGUGAGCAAUGCCACGGCUGACAUGGUCAGCAAUGCUUUGGAACAGAUUGUUAAUGUGACUGGAUACGAAGAUACCACAAAUACCUUAGCACUCUUAACUGAUGCUGAGAUCACAGUUCUGGCAAACAGCUUAGCAAAAGUCGCUGAAAUUGUCGUGAACAAAAGUUUACCGACAGAACAUGUUGUUAAGGCAUAUGUCCAGUCUGUUAGCAACCUAGUAGAUGAACGAAAUAAACAAUCAUGGGAGACCAUAAAGCAACAUAACAGUUAUGGUGGAGAAAACAUGUCUGUAGACAAAAUUGGAGUCGCCCUAAGGGAAAAAGUGGCGUCUGGCGAAGAAGGUUUCACAAACAUUACGAUUGUGCAGAAAAACGUUGCACUUGAGGUGAAAAAAGUUAACAAGCAAGAUAUAGUUUUUCCUUACGCAGACAUUACGAUUGAUCAGCAUCAAGAUCAAAUUUGGGCGAAAACCUCCGACAGCAGUAUUCGACUGAAGGCGAAGGCAAUUGGUGAUACCGAAGUUAUUGUGACCGUUGUGAUUUUUAAAGAUAUGAGCCAUGUUUUACCAAAUACUUCAGAAACACCUAUAGGAGUCAAGACAAAAGAUCAGCAAAUAAAUGGUCCUAUUCUUUCACUUUCUCUCUCCAAUCACUUCGGAAAGCUGAAUCCGCCUGUAUUGCUGACAUUUGGACGAAUGAAGGCAAACCUCACAAGCCCUGUUUGCAGUUACUGGACGUUUGGAAGUGACGGUUGCGUGUUGCUAAAUUCUGAUGAAAACAAAACUGAUUGUCAGUGCGAUCAUCUCACCAAUUUUGCAGUCCUGAUAAGUCCAUUCGUUGAGGCCGACGCAGCGUCUGUGCCAUUACGAACGUUAUCAACUGUGGGAAUGGGGAUUUCAAUGGCAUGUCUGCUGAUCACAAUGUUGACAUACAUAUAUCUCUGGAGGUUCCUGAAAAGUGACAGGACAAUUCUGCUUUUGAAUCUAUGUGGCGCGCUAAUGCUGUCCUACAUUAUAUUUUUAGCUGGUGUAGACAAAACUGCCAGCAAGGCUCUGUGUGCAACAACCGCGGUAUUUCUACACUACAUAUACUUAGUAGUGUUUUGUCUGAUGCUGGCAGAAGGUAUAGACAUAGCCAUCAUGACGGUGUACGUAUUCAUCACCAAAUCAAGACUGAAGCCCCUUCUUAUUACAGCAUGGGUUUCGCCAGCAGUGAUAGUCGCAAUCAGUUUGCUGUCAACACAGGCCGAUGGCUAUGGAAACGAAAAAUUUUGUUGGCUGUCUUUGGAGCGUGGCCUGAUAUGGGCCUUUGUUGCUCCUUCUCUACUGAUUAUACUGUUCAACAUCGUGUGUUUGGUUCUCAUAUUAAGAAACAUGUUUCACAUGAAGGCGAUGGACAGGAAGACGUCAAUGGAAAAGAUUAAAACGAGCCUGCGUUCCCUGUGUGUGCUUGUUCCUUUGAUGGGCCUCUCCUGGAUUCUCGGCAUCUUUUACGUCAACGAGACAUCUGCAUUUAUGCAGUAUUUGUUUGCACUGUUCAACACAUUGCAGGGCCUAUUUAUCUUCAUAUUCCACUGCAUUUUUAACCAACAGGUCAGAAAAGCUGUUAAAAGUGUGCACAACAAACACGAAAACUUGAAGUCGUUUAAAAGAUCAACGGAAAAGACGUACAACAAAAGUUUUAAGAGCAGCUUUAACUCGCAUUCCGAAAACGAUUCUUCUACCAGUCAGCACCAGGUAUCUGAAGACAAUUCGGAAGGUACCCGCAUGAAUGUCUACUCCAGACUGCGUGACAAAAUAUUGACCAAGAAGAAAGCCAAUCUCAUUGACAACAGAUGCGAAGAUCCGAAAGUCUUCUCCAGACUGCGUGACAAAAUAUUGUCCAAGAAGAAAGCCAAUUUCAUUGACAACAAAUGCGAAGAUCCGAUUCCCUUCUCAAGCGAGUCAUCCCAAGGGUCUCCCAAUGUUGUACUUCGGGCUUUAAGGUUAAUUAACAGGAACUCGCGCGUGGAAAGAAGCCAUUCAACAAAGAGCGCUAGUACGACUGUAACACAAAUGUGAGAAGGGCAAAUAAUAUAUUGAUCCAAACCUGCAAUCAGAGUAAUGCGAAUAAACAUACCAAUAAUGACGAAACUGUUAACAUCGAGCGUAGUCAUUUUCACAUAGCCACGACUAACCCUGACCAAGCGGAUUAAAAAAAAGAAUUAGUACAACAGUAACACAUAAUAAUACUAAUGUAUUUACUUGUUAAUUGUUGAAUACCCUUACGUGUAUUGUGCUUUCUUCAAACAGCUUUAGGCAAAGUUUGUGCACGUGUUGACUAUUUACAUCAGAUCUAUCGACAUGUAUUGCUAUUUAGGAAAGUGUACGUGUUGUCUUUUCAUUACAAAACACUGUUGAUUAAUUUACACAGCUAUGCUUAUUUAUUUACUUUCGUUAAUUGUUGCAUACCCUUACUGGUAUGAUGCUUUCUUCGAACAUCUUUAGUCAAAGUUUGUGCACGUGUUGACUAUUUACUUCAGAUCUAU